UUAAAGAUAUCUUUAAAGGAUAAUUUGGCUGAUAACUGUCUUAAAGCUGUGGUUGCAGCCAUACAGUUGAGUCUGUAACGUUGCUUUCAGUUACCUUAAGAAAAAUUACUCUUUAUCUCUUCCCCCAUUUCUGUUCAUCCUCCCGGCAGAGGCGAUGCAUAAAAAUGAAGACAAAGUUUGUAUUUGGUGCAUUUGUACUUUAUUCUGCAGAUUUUAGUGUGCAUGCUCCUUUCUCAAAGGACACUUUGUCCAGUUCUUUAAGUGUUGUUAACUUGUUGGUAGCUUCCUGGAAAUUAUCCUUGAAGGCUCCAGGGAACUGAACUCUGCAAUACUGUGUUCUAACACAGCCUUGCCAGACGCAAACACUUAAAAAUACUUCCAUGGUAGCAAUUUAAUUGGACUCUUGCUUUCUGAUUUCUGAAACAUCUGGGUUCAUAUUCCGCAGUUUAUUUUUAUAGAAGCCUAGGAAGGACUAGGAAGCGUGAGGCUGUAUUGGAGCCAUCAGCCUUCAGUCAAGCCUUAAACAAGCAGCACAAGAUCAAUGCGACCACUCUUCUUAGAAGGACUCUUCCUAGAAGUUUCCAUCUUUUUAAUAGGCAGUUAUUUUGUUCCCCCUGCUCUCUUACAUAAUUUUUUCUGCUGUAAAUGCUUUUGCUUGCGGGAUUUGGUUUUAUUUACAUAUGUUAUUAGUAAUGUGGACCGCAGAUGCCUACUUGAAAUCAGGAUUCUCUUAUCUCCUUCAUGUAAACAAACGGGUUUUCAUGAGUGGCUGAAAAAAAUCUGUUCCACUUCAGAUUAUAACAGUGAGUUAUGGAUGAAUAUGUAUUAUACUCCUUAUUGUGGAUAUGUGUCCCAAUGUAAUAUCAGCUUGAAGAAGCAGAGGAGUCGAAGUAUCUUUAGCACCUUAUUCUGCUGCUUUCGUGACUACAAUGUCGAACCACCAUCAGCCAACAGCACCAGUGCUCUGCCUCCUUUGGUGGAGGAGAAUGGAGGACUUCAAAAGGGUGACCAGAUGCAGGUCAUGCCUAUACCAAGUGGAAUAUACUAUUUCCACGAGACUGAAGCAGUGCAGCAGUCGUUUCACUACAAGCCACCAGCUAAAUACCUCCUGCCAGAACUGACAGCAUCAGACUAUGGGAAGAAGUGUGUGGUCAUUGAUUUAGAUGAAACUUUAGUGCACAGUUCAUUUAAGCCAAUUAGCAAUGCUGAUUUCAUCGUUCCUGUUGAAAUUGAUGGAACCAUACAUCAGGUUUAUGUAUUGAAACGACCACAUGUGGAUGAGUUUCUUCAGAGGAUGGGAGAGCUCUUUGAAUGUGUACUCUUCACAGCCAGCCUAGCCAAGUAUGCAGACCCAGUAGCUGACUUACUGGAUCGCUGGGGUGUGUUCAGGGCAAGGCUCUUUAGAGAAUCCUGUGUUUUUCACCGAGGAAAUUAUGUGAAGGAUCUGAGUCGACUGGGACGUGAGCUGAGUAAAGUUAUUAUAGUAGAUAAUUCCCCUGCAUCUUACAUCUUCCAUCCUGAAAAUGCAGUGCCUGUGCAGUCCUGGUUUGAUGACAUGACAGACACAGAGCUGCUAGAUCUUAUUCCUUUCUUUGAAGGACUAAGCAAAGAGGAAGAAGUUUACAGUAUGCUCCAUAAACUCUGCAACAGGUAGCCCUUAACUUUGACUGACUUCUGCUACUAGCAGAUAGAGGCUGUCUCCAUCUUUUUCAGCUCUUUCAAAUGUAAGCUUUGGGGAGGUCACCCCUGUCAGAAGUGCUACUCUUGAUCUUCCUGUUACAUUGGACACGAAGGACAAUCAUGAGUGAUGCUGUUAAGCCUUCAGAAGCCUGACUCCUAAGGUCAUGUGUUCAGACUACUUUUUUAAAGGAAAAAAAAAAAAAGAAAAAAAGAAGCUAUUUUAAAUGGGACUCUUUUAAUGAAUUUCAUAAAUGGACAUCUUUUACUGGAUCAGCUUUUCUUAAAACAUGCCAAAAAAGAAGCUUGUAUUUCAGCAGUUGAAUUUCUCUCCCUUUCUUCCCCUCCCACUAUGCAGACAAUUUUACCCCCCUGCUUAGAGCAGUUGACCUGACUCUGAAUUUUUUCUUACAGAAUGAAGUGCCUUUUUGAAUGUUAUUUUAAGAUAAAAAUUCAUUUUUGUAUAAGACGUAUUUCCAGACAUCUUUUAGUCUUGUAUUGUCUAAAUGCUUUAAAAGGAAAAAGGAAAACUUUUAUAGAGCACUGUAAUAUAUAACAAAGGAAAAAGUUGAAACAAAGAUGCUGGGUUCCUGUCUCCACGAUGACAUUAAGUUGUAUUACAUUUUGUCAUGCUCAGAAGGUUUCAGCGUCUGUGGGAGGGAUGAUCUUGGUUAAUUACAUGGUGGUUUCACUGAUGAUUUUGGGCACAGUUUUGAACAUAUCUGCAGUUGUUUGAGUAUUAGGGAAUAAUGGAAUUGAGAAAAUAAGGUGGCUAAUAGAUCUAAAGCACCCUUUAUUCUAGACAGAUGAAAUUCUGUUGUCUCUGCUUACGCACAACUGCCAUGCCUCUCGUUUUUUGGAAAACCAUUAUCUUGGGAGAAUGGGGAGGAGAUCUAUUUAUUAGUUUUAAGAUUCUUUUCUUAAAAAAAAACACAAAAAAAAUCUGGGUAAGCUGGAUCUGUAUUGAGCUAUUUUGAGUACUUUUUUCUUUUAAUUGCUGCUACUGUAUACUCACCAAAUGGAGUUGACCAUCGGCUGUUAAACUGUUUUUGCCACUGUGCCUGUGCUAUGAAACAUUUUCUGUAAGCUGCAGACUUGGGCAAUAAAUAAAAUACAGGCUUCAUAACCCACCCCAAUGUAUUAAUCCUAUGGUAUCUGAUAUACCAGAAAAUUCAGUUAAAGGUGACCUGUAAAAGAUUCUGGUUUUUUUAGGGAUUUUUUUUUCAGUUGGGAUGAAGCCCUCUCUUUCUUUGGUAUAUAAAAUUGCAAAAAGCAUUUUUCCCACAUCUCUGAUUCAUAUUCUUCUUCCCCAAGGUGUAUGGUGCAGAUCAGUAGCUUUAUUGAGUCUUGCUAGAAGGGCAGAAGUUGCUAGCCUGGACUAAAACCGGUCCUCUGGCUUUGUGGUUGAGUAAGUCUCAUCUCUGAAUCUGAGAGCCUGGUUAGCAUCUUCUGUAGUGUCAUAGAUCCCUUUCAGAAGAAUAACCUUCAAGUAUUUUAUGCCUUUGAAGAACAAGGCGUGCCUUUUUUUUUUUAAUCCCACUUACCAGUGUCACCUUUUAAUUAUUGUACGCACCAGAAAUCUCCAAACAUAAAAACUACAGCUAUGUUUGGCUGUUGUCUGAGAAAACUAAGAGGUGUAAUUGGUGCUUCUAAUUAGCCUUGUGCUAAAUACUGAAUAGUAGAUCCCCCUUUGCCUUUCCUGUUUUUCUCAAAAUGUCUUGACGACUUGGAAAAACAUUUUUGCGAUGGACUUGGAAUUAUCAUCCUUGUCUAAAACAUUGGUGAAGCAGCUUAACAAAUUCCUUCAUAGAAGGGCAGGCCAGCCUACGCAGGCAGUGAGUAGGUUGUCUUAGGUGCAGUAUAAAACCGAAAGAUGACUUUGGCCCCUUGCAGGGCAGCUGUGCACCAGCUGCACACUGUGUCUGGUAGCGAGGGAUGUUAGAGGCAGUCCCAUGACGCUCGUGAGUCUGUACGGCAUUACCGUUUUGUUUUCUUACCAGUUGGCGUUACCUUAGUACUGUAUAGUUCUGUGCCACAACAAAAGACAAAACUGUCACAUUAAAAAAGUACAUUGAUAAAAAAUGAAAAAGAAAAAAGGACGUAUGGAUUCUGGUUAGUCCAUUAACGUUUACUUUCAGUUUAAGAUUGUUUAAUUUUGUAUUUGACUUCAGAGUAAUGAAACUCUAAGCUGCCAAAAAGUUGUUCUCUGAGCAGUAUUUUCAACUGUGUUUGUAGCUUCUAGGCUUCAAAUACAGUUUGCAGGGAAGUAUUCAGGUUGUAGUUAGUUGUGCAGGUAUGAUAGGAAUGGCUGAAAAAAUUCAAAGAUUUCUCACUAGCAUUAGACCAAACAAUCUUGCAAUUAGACAAUAAAUAACCCCACCGAGACAUUACCAUGUAACGGUUGUGACCUGUUGUAUGUGAGACAAACCAUGUCAUUAGUUUGCAUUUAUGAAAGCAGCGAUUUCAUGAACCAGUUGCCUUAAGUCUGUGAAUGAAUGUUGAUUAUUAAAGUGUCUUGUAUUGUUUUAAAAUCCACAUAUAAUGGGCAACUGAACUUCUGCACCAGCUUCUGUAGGAACGGUUCUGAUGGUGUUCUCUACUUGUUCUGUAAUGUUUGUUUGGGCUCUUGAAAUUGAAUUUCAAAAAACAAAUUUAUUUUAACUUAAAAUGACAUUUGGUGAUAAUGUAAAGGAAAAAACUUAGCAACAGUUUUGAUCUCUGCUAGUGUUUUAAGAGUAUUUUCUGUAACUUCUGAUGAAAAAUAUUGGUGUUUUAACUCACUCCCAUUGAAGUAAAACUUGGAGUGCUCUGCAGUCAGGUUUGAACUUCCCUGGGUUAUCAAAUUUGGCCAAAGGGAUCAAACUGCCGUAGUGGUUUAUUUUGACACUAUCAUCAUACUUGAAAUUUCAAGUGUUAAGUUUGCGUGACUAUACAUACGCUAUAUAGUUAGAGUUUCUAGAUUUUAACAAAGCAAUAUAGUUCUGUCCAUAAAGUCAGAAAAUGAGUGGAAUGUUUGUAAAAUUUGCAAUACGGGUAUUUGAUUGUAUUUUAAAUAGGAAAAAAAUACUUGUUUCCUAAAGCUCUUGCAUAUUUUGAAGUGCAGUUAAUGCAUGCAGGUCACCAGGGCUGUUAUAAACCCUGGGUUUCAAUUUUUAUUUCUGGAUAUUAUAGAAGUGUUAAGAUGUCCUUUCCAGUUGGUCAUUCUGUUCAGCUAAAGAAACAACGCUGCCUGGCCUGAAGUUCUGUUGUCCUUUUUAUGUUGGGUUAAAAAAGGUUUUUUGCCUGUAUAGGUAUUUUUAACUUAAACUGUAAGGCAGAAUGCCUUAGAUUCUUGAAAUUCAACUGAAGUGUUAUGAUUAAAUUGCCAUUUGUAAACUAGGGCUGUGCACAGAAUACUUGUUAACCACCAGGAAGCGUGGCAGGUUUUGAAUGGAGAAGCGUAGCAAAUGUACAAUGUUGCUGUGUUCCUUUAGGUAGCUUUGGAAGAAUAAUUUGUCUGUUUGUUUUGCCCUUCAAUCUUUUCUUUGAACAGCAAAGCUAUACAUGGAAGAAACUCAACACCUGAAGACAUUUGGUUAUCAAUGUAUGCAAUCACUUUAUCACAGCAUGAUUUUGAUUAGACUGGUUGGGGACAAUAAAGUAUCUAAAUGACAGUGGUGUGUACGGAUGUUGCAGCUUUUGAAAUUUCAGUGUAAAAAAAAUCUGUAGCUAUAUAAUUUGCAAACACAUAAUCUUAUGUUUUACAGAUUCUUUUUAAACUAAUAAAACACAGUACUGCACAGCCCUAUUUGUAAAACAAAACCAAGUUUGUGCCUCUGAUUUCCAAGGUGCUGUGAUGUUGUUAUGCCUUUGUGGGGUGAGGAGGGCAGGUGAGACUUGCGUGGAGCAAUUGCUUAAAAAUCUCUGGGCUAACUAUGCAAAACCAGCUGUCAGUUUUCUGU